AUGGCGAUGAGUGAGACGAAUAACGGGCCAGACAGACGUCUGGCCCGGGCCGCGAGGAGCCGUCAGGCUGGGUUUCAAACCCCGCCAAUUCUGGCGAGUGACCUGCAUCCCGGGCGUCCUCUCCUAUCCCCCUGGUCUCCUUGGGCAGACCAUCCACGUACGAAGCUGCCCCCCACCCCAGAGAUCAUGGAAAGCACACUUUGGUGCCAAAUCGUCGCUGUCGUUGACCAUCUCGAUGUCUUGGUGAAUCCGUGGCCCAACACCGACGUCGCCGCAGAAGAGAUGAACAAUCUUGUCUCAAGUCCUGGUCUCCUCGACGAUUCAGUGGGCAAACGCCUUGAGGAAGACGACCCCAUGUUGGUAUCAGGCCUCGGUGAGGGCGUCGACAUUUUCAUCACACUGCCCCCUACUAUUCCUGAAAUAACUUCCAAAAAGCAUUUCGACUCUAACAGGUGGGAACAGGAGGCCAUCGACCGGUUCUGGAAUGGACCCGAGAGCCCCUUCGAAGCCCGGGACGGCAUCGAGUACAUCCGUCCUGAUGUCAAACUUGUCGUUCCGACAAAAAAGGUGAUGAUCCGCCAGGAUUACAAGGAUAUUUGGGCCCAUAUGGCCUUGCAUCCCUCGGAGAGCAUUAUAGUCAUUGGCCACUCCGGAAUAGGUGAUUUCGCGCUAGUGGAUGCCGGCAACGGUCCGCCGCGCGGGGUGUUGGCUCUAGUUGACGGUUACGUGGGCGUUGGAGAACUUUGUAGUAGACUGCUCGGGAAUCCAACCAUCCUCUCCUGCUCCCCUCAACGACACCUUUACAAGGAGUUUCAGAAGCGGCAGAGAGCAACGUUUUGGGCAGCGAAGCUAUGGGAUAGGAACGAGAUCUUUCGACUUGGGCCGUUCCCAGAGGAAUUCUAUUCCCCGGUGGAGAUCAUGUUGUUGCUUGGACCCUGCGCUCGGAAGUGCGCUACGCUUAUCCGGCGGACUUCCCGGGGGUCCAAGAUAGAUAUCGGUGAAGCUGUGGCCAAAAUGCAACCCUAUGGUCCUGCUGCGACCUUACUUUCCUAUACUGAUCUUCUCCCCAUCCUCGACGUCGACGUCGAUGGAUGUGACGACCAUUUCUUCAUGCAGCCCACCGUUACGGGACCCCGGACUUCACUGUCCUUGGAAGCCGUGGCCACAUGCAUCAUCCCCACCGACUUCCUCUUCGUGCGCGUCAUCAAAGUUGUCAUCGAAAGCGGACUCGCUCAUCGUGAAAAGAUGUUACGAGCUCUCAAACCUCUAUCGGCUAUCUCCGACUACGCUUUCAAGACUUUGGCCCUCGCAUGGUGCAUUUCUGACCACCUCAUCUGUCAGAUCGACGGAAAGGAGGGGGACUUCGUCCUUUCUGAUGUGAUGACCCACUCCUUCGACGACUUGCCGAUUCUUGGCGACCAAGCUGACGACCUGAUGUUCGUCUGUCCCGAGAACUUCUCUACGGUCGACGCCUUUGUCGUGAGCGCGGACCGCUCCCACAUCGUAUUCCUCCAGGCUACCAUCGCCACCAGACACCCAUUGAAACCAGGCGGCGUUGGUCAAGUCCUUCUGAAGUUACUCGAGCACGGUGUUUCGUUCACGCAGGAGACACGCUUCUCGUUCAUCUUUGUCGUCGCCAAGGACACCGACGGCCAGGUGCUUACAGACCACUUCAACGGGGUCAAGGGAUUCUCCCAAUAUUCUCCAGAAAAGAGGACCCACGAUAACCUGGUUCCCGGGAGGUACCAAGUCGAGGUCGGGUACGCAGUUGCCGCGAAACACACCUUUGAUAGACACCAGGCGAGGGACCUCGACAUCAGCCUGUUCCCGCGUGAAGCUUUGAUCGAACCGGAGGCUGUGGAGUAG